AGGCAGGCGCUGGAGGACUAUCACUCUUGACCAGCUCUAUAACACAUAGUGCCUUAGAGAAAGUCUAAACAUGAAUGCUGUGAUGGACACAUUGCACGGGUUUGGAGUGAGUAGCACCCAAUACCUGCAGACCCAUUACAAAGAUGCCCAAGGAUGGUUUCUUUUCGUAUCCUUUGCGGCAGAUCUGAGGAACACCUUCUUCAUCUUCUUUCCCAUCUGGUUCCAUCUGAAAGAAUCAGUCGGGAUCAAGCUCAUCUGGGUGGCUGUGAUAGGAGACUGGCUCAAUCUGGUCUUCAAAUGGAUCCUGUUUGGAGAACGUCCAUACUGGUGGGUCCAUGAGACUUCUUACUACAUCAACAGCUCAACGCCACAUAUUGAGCAGUAUCCCAUGACCUGUGAGACCGGCCCAGGAAGCCCAUCUGGUCAUGCUAUGGGGGCUGCUGGUGUUUACUACACAUUGGUCACUUCAAUCCUUGCCAUAAUGCUAAGCAAAGAGAAGAAAACCUCGUCUAAGGGCCUAUACUUGCGUGGUUCACUUUGGACGCUCUUCUGGACGGUCCAGGUCUGUGUUUGUCUCUCUCGAGUCUUCAUCGCCGCUCAUUUCCCACAUCAAGUUUUCGCAGGAGUUAUUUCAGGCAUGGUUGUUGCCGAGGCCUUCAACAGACAGAAAUGGAUCUACAGUGCCAGUCUAAAGAAUUACUUCAACAUCACACUGUUCCUGCUCUCUUUUGCGGUGGCCUUGUACCUGCUUCUCAAAGCUCUGGGUGUGGAUCUGCUGUGGACCCUUGAGAAAGCCCAGCGGUGGUGCGUCAAUCCAGCCUGGGUCCAUUUGGACACCACACCGUUCGCCAGCCUGUUGAGAAACAUGGGCACCCUGUUUGGUCUGGGACUCGGCCUUCACUCCCCACUGUACACGGAAAGCAAGAAGAGCAGCAGCGCUCAGGUCAGGAUAGCCUUUAUCAUCGCCUCUCUGUCUCUGCUGCAUCUCUUCGAUACCAUCAAGCCUCCCACACACACGGCUGCCCUCUUCUACCUGCUGUCUUUCUGCAAGAGCGCCACCGUUCCCCUCGUCACGGUCAGCAUCAUCCCGUACUGCAUGUCCGGAGCCCUCGGUUUACAAAGCAAAAAACAGCUUUAAGCUGGGAAAGAACUGCACAAGACUGGGAGCAACUACACAACUAUUUACAGUAUUUCAAACUAGCGUGUUUUCCAUAGUUCAUCCCAUCAGUCCAAGGAACACUGCCAGUGAACAACUUGCCUGUUUAAAUGUGUUUUCUAACUAAGGGAUGCAGAUACUUACAGUUUAAAUUAAGCACUGUUAUAAAACACAUUACAGUGGUGCGUUGUGGGAGAUAAAGAUUUGUAGAGUUUUAGUGUUUUUUAUCUUAGUGCCUUUGGAUCUACAUGAAAAGGUCUGGCAUUUGUGUUAAGUUCUUUUUUGAGAACUGAAAUUAUGAACUAGAGUAUAUGUAUAGGACAACAAAUUUUGUCCAUCCUAAGAUGUGGACUUUUUUUGAUGUAUUUUCUGUAAUAUUUUAUUUUUUUGGAAAUGCUUUAGGUCAUUUUUAAUAAAACACUGAAAAUAUA